CCAGGAGUACAGAAGGGACCCUGCAGCUCUCAUGGAGAAGGGGAGGCACAGGAGGAGGCAGCCAGGAGCAGAGUGGGGAUGCUUGGGGAGGUCUUCAGGGUGCAGCACAACUGGAGAAGCCCAGACUGGAUGCAGUCCAGCUAAUUGGGAGAUUGAGGCCUUGAGGGCCAGGUGAACCCAAGAGUUUAUGGGAGACCUGGAAAGCAUAGUAUUGAACUGGAGUACAGCUCAGAUGCUUCCUGUCUUAAGAUGAAAACUGCCCUGCAGGUGCUGUUUAGAAGUUUCCUUGACUCCUCUCUACUCUCUGAAAACUUUUUAAAAUCAGUGAGUGCUGAGCUCUGCCUCUGAACCCUGGUGUGCUGAGAUCAGGGGCCUGGGGGAUCUGAACCGCCUUUGAGCCCAGUGAAUACCACUGUGUGGAGGGAAAGGUCUGUAGGUUUUGUUUGUACAUUUUAUUAGCAAAUAGAAGCACAUUGCUCAAUAGAAAUGACCGAGUCUUUGGUCCUUCAUAGACUCCUUUAAAAGGAGAAGUUUCCAGAUGUCCUCCAGUAAUGUGGAGGUUUCUAUCCCACUAUCACAAAGAGAUACCAAUGAUCUCUCAGAGAUGACCUCCAGUGACCUGAAAUCCUGUACUAAAAAGGCUAUUUUAAGUUUUUGUAACAUCUCCUAUCAAGUAAAAGUGAAGAGUGGUUUUCUACUUGGUAGGAAAACAGUGGAGAAUGAAAUAUUAUCAAAUAUAAGUGGGAUCAUGAGACCUGGCCUCAAUGCCAUUCUGGGACCAACAGGUGCAGGCAAAUCUGUGUUAUUAGAUGUCUUAGCUGCAAGAAAACAUCCAGAAAAAUUCUCUAAAGAUGUUUUGAUAAAUGGAGAACCUCGUUCUGCCAAUUUCAAAUAUCACUCAGGUUAUGUGACACAAGAUGAUGUCAUGAUGGGCACACUGACAGUGAGAGAAAACUUACGCUUCUCUGCAGCUCUUCGGCUUCCCAUGACCAUGACGAAUCAUGAAAAAAACAGGAAGAUCAAUGAGAUUAUUGAGCAAUUAGGUCUGUGUAAAGUGGCAGAUGUCCAGGUUGGAACUGAACAAAUCCAUGGUGUGUCUAGAUCAGAAAGGAAAAAGACCAGUAUUGCCAUUGAGUUGGUCACCAAUCCUUCCAUCUUGUUCCUGGAUGAGCCCACAAAUGCUUUAGACUCGAGCACAGCUCAUAAUCUCUUUUUACUCCUGAAAAGGAUUUCUAAGCAGGGACGAACAAUCAUCUUCUCUAUUCGUCAGCCUCGGCAUUCUGUCUUCAAGAUAUUUGACAGUAUCACCUUAUUGGCUGCAGGAAAAUUAAUAUUCCACGGUCCUGUGCAGAGUGCUAUAGAGCACUUUGCAUCAGCUGGUUACAACUGUGAGCCCUGCACCAACCCUGCAGAUUUUUUUCUGGAUGUCAUCAGUGGAGACUUAAUUGCUAUGGAAUCAGACAGAGAUGAGGAAGACCAUGAAUGUGAGAAUAUUGAAGAGUUUUCCUUCAAAGAGGAGUCAGUCACAGAAAAGCUAGCUAAAUUCUAUGUUAACUCAUCCUUAUACAGAGAUACAAAAUCUGAACUAGAUCAACUCUCACAUAAUCAGCAGAGGAGUUCAGCCUUCAAAGAGUUCACAUAUGCCACCUCCUUUUGGCAUCAACUCAGGUGGAUUAGCUGGCGCUCAUGUAAAAACUUCGUGAGUGAUCGCCGAACCUCUAUACUUGAGAUCAUUACAAUUAUUAUGGAAGGACUUCUUAUAGCUGGCUUUUUCUUUGGGAUAAAAAAUGAUUGUUCUACAAUCCAGACUAGAGUCUGGAUGUUCUAUGUGUUGACAGCCUGCCAUUGUUUUGCCUACGUGUCUGCAGUACAGAUCUUUCUGGGGGAGAAGCAGCUCUUUGAGCAUGAGCAUAUGAGUGGAUACUACAGACAGUCUUCAUAUUUCCUUGAAAAAGUGUUAUGUAAUUUGCUACCCAGGAGGUUGUUGCAAAGUUUUAUCAUUACUAUCGUAGUAUACCUUAUAGUAGAAUUGAAUCCAGCAGUUAAGGCUUUCUUCAUUAUGUUGCUUACCCUUUGGAUGGUGGCUUGUUCAGCUGAUUUUAUGACACUGGCCUUAACAAUAGAUCAGAAUUUGCUGAAUCCCAUGACAACAUUUCUCACGGUCAGAUAUUUUCACUAUAUGCUGAGAUUUUCAGUGAUGGCACUUUUUUUUGGAAUCAGUGUGUCUCAGCUGUCAUGGCUUCAGUACAUCAGUAUUCCAUAUUUUGGAAUGAAGGCUUUGCAGCACAAUGACUUUUUGGGGCAAAACUUCUGUGAAGGACUCAGUGAAACUGAAAUCAGUGGCUGUCCAAACUUUGUAAUAUGUACUGGUGAAGAAUUCCUGAGAAGUGUGGAUAUUGAUCUUUCACCUUGGGGCUUAUGGCAGAAUCACAUGGCUUUGGGUGCUGUGAUUAUUAUAUUCUUCAUAAUUGCUUUCCUAAAAUUAUUGUUAUUUAAAAGGCUUGUUUAAUGGAUCAGAGAUUUAGCUCACUGGCAUACAUGCCAGCUUGGCUAGCAUGAGUUCUUGAGUUCAAUCCCUGGUUCAAAAAAUGUUUUUAAGAUUUCUCUUAAAUUUACUGUGAAUUACUUUCCCAUUAAAAAGAUACAUAGCCAUUUA